ACCCCUGGCACGACAGACGAGCAGGACGGGCAGGUCCUUUAUCCAACUCACGCGGUGCUGAGCAACAGUUGGUUCCUACCCGCCACUCUGCGAUAUGAAAAAGUCUUGGCACCUGCCCUUUGGGGUUACAUCGUGGCGUGCGAAUAUUUAAGCCAAGAAGUUGUGACCCGCGUCUUGGCGACGGACGCAAACUCUCAGUCUCGCCUUUCCACUUCCCAAGAGCAAUUGAACAAACUACUUGCGGUAACCCUCCCCCGUUGUUGCAUGGUCAUGGCUGGCAGAACCAUCAGCUAG